GUCCGCAUCGACGGGCAUGGCGGCGGCAGAGCCUUCCCCCUCCGCUCCGCCGCCUCCUGACUUCCGCCGCCGCCAGCGCCGCCUCGUCUUCGACCGCCGCUACGGAUGGAUGUACGAGCACGCCGACUCCCGACCCUUUCUUCCUCUCUGGCCUGGUUCUGCUCGCGUGGACAUUGGCUCACCCGCUCGUUUGCUCUUCUUCUCCACCGCAGCUUCGAUGAGUGGACGGACCCCGGCGUCGACGCCCUCUCCGGUGGCAGGGGAACGUUCUGUAUACUCCCGAUGGCGCAGUUGCUGAUGAACGCGGCUGCAUCUUCUGUUAACUAUGCAGCAGAUUCAGUUAGCACCGCUCUUAAACGCCCGGGAAAUUUCUCCCCAGUGGCAUAUCUCCCGCACCAAGUAUUGCAUAGGAGGAGGCAUCAAACCUGGUGUCGCGAGCUUGAGCAAUCUGGGGUCAUAGCUGAUGUCAAGUUAGUACCGUGCAGAACUCAUUGCACUUUGGAAUGUUUGUGCAACAACCGUGAUUGAUUGUCAAGGCAGUGUAAUAUUGUUAUGCAUAGUAUGGAAAACUGUAUACUAUGUCAGUUCUCUCAGCAAAACAUUAGCUUAGAGUCCCUAACAAUGUAUGCAAUGAAAAGGUAGCUUGCAUUUUCGUCAGCAGCUUUAAAUGUUGGCAAGAAUGGGCGUUAUUCUUCUUGUUACCCUACAACAUACAAAAACAACUACGGAGUAUCUCCGAUUACUUUGCCAGGUUGAUUCAUGUUCUGAAUC